GAAUAAUUUAUCAUUUGAUGAUAUUCUUUCUACAAGAAUAAAAUUUGGUAAGGUUUAGAUUUAAACAUUUUUAAUAAUAAGUUUGAUAGAUUUACUAGAUGGAUCAGAAUUUAUGUUUUUGCAAUUAAUGAAUGCAAUAAUUUAUAAAGAAUGGUCUCUAAGUUUAGGCUAAUUGAUAAUAUUAGCAACAGUAUUCAAUUUAGGUCAGUUUAUAGGAGCUUUGAUUUGUGGAUAAUUUUCAGAUUAUACAGGACGUAAAUCUAUGUUAGUAUGGUCAUGUUUACUUUAAGUAUAAAAGAAUUGUAAUAUUGUUUAUAGCAAUGCUUCUAACAGCUUUUGUGUAAGAUUUGCCAUAAUUAUUAACGUUAAGGUUUUUGUUUGGAUUAUUAUUUGGUAUAGCAUUACCUAUAUCAUCAAUAUUAAUGGCAGAAGUGACACCUCUUAAUGUAAGAGGAUAAUUUAUUGUUACUUUAUAAAUGAUGUAUAUUGUUGGUAGAAUGUGGAUGUUGUUAUUAGCUUUUAUUUUUUUAGAUUCAAUAGCAACAGGAAAUUGGAGAGCAAUUGCAGUAACGAAUAGUAUUCCAUGUUUUAUUUGUUUAAUUGGUAGUAUCAUAUAUUUACAUGAAUCACCUCGUUUUCUUAUAUCACAAGGGAAAAUUCAAGAAGGAGUAGAAGGAAUUAAUUUUAUGGGAAGAAUGAAUGAUAAAGAUUAUGUUAAUUUAGAUGAAAAUGAAAUUUAAUAGCUUUAAUAAUGGAGAAAUCAAACAUUUGAAUAACAAUAUGAUAAGAAAAGCUUUAAAGAUUUAUUCAAUCAAGAAAACUUACCAAUUACAUGGAGAGCAUAUUCAUUAAGUAUGAUUUCCAUGUUAAUGUAUUCUGGACUUUAUAUUAUCAUACCAUUUUUAUUUGAUGAAGAAGAAAAAACUCUAUUAGAUUUAUUAUAUACAGUUUUGAUUGAGUUGCCAGCUGUUUUAUUUGUUGUUUUAUUAAUAGAUAAAAUUGGAAGAUUACCUAUAAUCUUAAUAGGAACAAUAACAUCUAUGAUAGCAGUGUUUAUAAUUUGGUAUUGGAGAGCCAAAUAUUUAUUGUUAGGUUUAGUUGCAUUCAAAUUUUUUAAUAGAAUGACUUUUCUUUCAUUCACUCCCCUUGUUUUAGAAUCUUAUUCAACUUUAUAUAGAUCUUAAGGAAUAGGAACAACUAUUGCUUUUGGUAGAGCAGCUGGCUUUUUAUCUCCAGCUAUAAUAUUGCCAUUAUAUUAAAAAGAUAAUUAUAGUCCUUUUUUAGUUUCAAUCUUCAUCUUAAUAGUUAUGACAAUCAUUUUUGCUACCUAUCCUAAAGAUUUAACCAGAAAACCACUUGAUAUCAAAUAUGAAAAGGUCGAAUGA